ACGCGAAGGCCCUGGGCGCGAGGACUCUCUUUCCCGUGGUGCCCCGCGCGGGAGCGGCCUGCAGGCCUCGCCGCCUUGACGGAGCGUCUGAGGGGCUUCGCUGAGGGAGAGGAAGAGGCUUCGCCGACGAGACCCGCCGACCGCCAUGGGCUCCCUGCUCAGCCGCCGCAUCGCCGGCGUGGAGGACAUCGACAUCCAGGCCAACUCGGCCUACCGGUACCCGCCCAAGUCCGGUAAGGCCCGGGCCGCCGCCCCCGCACCUGGGGGGGCCGGAGCCCCGCGGAAGGAAUCAUCAUCAUAAUAAUAAUAAUAAUCAUAAUAAUCAUAAUGAUGAUGGUGAUAUUGGUAGUAGGGACCCCUCUUGCUCCUCAGCUUCCCCUCCCCAGUUUUUGUUGGGGGUUCUCCCCCUCCCCCGACCCACAGGGGGGUCCCUGUUAUUCCCCGCAGCCUGAGAGGAAAAGCGGAUUCCUUUCUCGGAGCGGCCGCCCAGGCUCUUCCUGGGUCGCGGCGGGUUGGACUAGAUGACCCCUGGGGGCCCCUCUGGCCGCCAUUCCUGCCUUCCAGGGGCUCGGGCUGCCUCCGCCGCUCUUCAUCCCCCCUGAGGAUCGCACGGGCGUUUGGCAUCGCAGAGCAACAGCGCAGUUGAAUUAUUAUUUUUUGGAUAGCAGUUUAUUGAUUUAUCAAAAAGAACUGUAACAAUACCAAAACAAAGCAAAUUGACUUCCGUGGGUAGGCAAACUAAGGCCCAGGGGCCGGAUCCGGCCCAAUCGCCUUCUCAAUCUGGCCCGCAGACAGUCUGGGAUUCAGCGGGUUUUUACAUGAGUAGAAUGUGUGCUUUUAUUUAAAAUGCAUCUCUGGGUUAUUUGCGGGGCAUAGGAAUUCGUUCAUCCCCGCCCCCCAAAAAUAUAGUCCGGCCCCCCACAAGAUCUGAGGGACAGUGGACCGGCCCCCUGCUGGAAAAGGUUGCUGGCCCCUGCAGUCUAGUCCCUUCCUUGGUUCCAUUAUUUUUCAAUAUACUGCAUGUCCAUUGUGCGAUAGCGCAGUGUAAAAGGCCCACGAUAAAAAGAGCCUUUUUGCCUGGCACCUGAAGAUGCAGGUGAGGAAGGUGCCUGCUGAGCCUCCCUGGGGGAAGCGCUUCAGGAAAGGGGAGCCACCACCGAAAAGCCCCCCUCCUCCUCCUGCCUCCCUUUGGGCCACUUUGCCUGGAGGGAUUGGGGUCCUGGGCCCUUGAAAGGUCCACAGCAGCACUUUGAACGGGGCCUGGAAACAGAGGGGCAUCCAAGACAAAAGGACCCUUGGCUUUCCCUCCCAACUCUGCCACCCUGAUCCCCCAUUCCCAAAUGUGACCAGAAGCCCCCCCCCAUCAGAAGAGCCUGGUGGCAGGUGCCUCUUCUGAGAAGCCAGGAGACCACCUGAGCAUAGCUCCCUUCCCCCUCCCCCCCCCCGGGGACCCAGCCGCUGAAAAGGAGCCAGUCAAACGGGCAGAGAGGAAAGAAAACACCUGCAAAUGUCAUUGCUGGUUUUUAAUCGUUUGAACAUUUCAAGCAGUGGCUUUUCCCGGAUGAUUUUCAUGUAUUAUUGUAUGAAUUUUGCGAAAUAAAAUAAAUAAAUAGCCACCGGUCCCAAGGGCUCCUCAAUGCCCCUUGGUCCUGGAGGCAGAGAGGUCUGUCAAUUUCAUGUAUCAUUUGUCUGCUUUCUGGCUGAACAGGGAUGUUUGCAGAGUUUUGUUCCAAUGUGCUUGUGACGCCCCCCCCCCUCCAGCUGCUAUGAACCAGAACAGCUGAGAAUGGAGCCUCUGUGCUCAGUGGCAGCCUACCUUUGAGUCUCUGGUGAGGGGGCCACCUUCAUGCCCAGCUUGUGAGCUUCCCAGAACUGCUCAUUGAUGGAAACCGGGUUACAUGGCUGUCUCCACCCCCAUGUACAGCUGUAGUGGGCGCCCUGAGAGCUGUUGCCCUCGGAUCCUGCUUGCAGGCUUCCCUUUGCUUGGCCACUCGGAGAGCAGGAUUCCGGAACAGAUCCAACUGCAGCCGGGAUCUUCUAAUGUUCUUAUCAUGGCGUGCCCCUCCCUCCACUGAGCCAUUGCUAGGCAGCAGCAGUGGGCUGCCCCUUCCUCUUCUCUGCCUCCCCACAUAUUGCCUGCCUGCCAGUUCUCUUCUUCCAGGUGCCUGCCAACAGCAAGGUGGGUGGUUGUAAGCCUGCAUUGCACAGCCCACAAAAGGGGCUCUUUCCACAAAUCUUGGGGUGGGGGGCAAGUGAAGCUUUUGGCUGCCAGCUGGUGUGGAUGUCUGCCCUCUCCCACUCCAGAGGGAGCUUGCUGAGCCCCGCCUUGUGCCAAAGUCCUGCCAGUGCCCUUGGCAUCUGUGCCCGAUCAGCGGUGCAGGUCCUUUCUCAACUGUGAGGCUCACUGUGUGACUUUGGGCUGCCCUACCCUGCAGGGUUGUUGUGAAGAUAAAAUGGGUGUGUGUGUGUGGGAAGAACUCUAUAUGAUGACCUUGAGAUCCUUGUGCGGACAACGGUGGUUAAAAAUGUAAUAAAUACACAUGUAAAACCAGGUCUUUGCCUUCUCUUCAGGGAACUACUUUGCCAGUCAUUUUUUCAUGGGAGGCGAAAAGUUUGACACGCCACACCCUGAGGGCUACCUUUUUGGGGAGAACAUGGACUUGAACUUCCUUGGCAACAGGCCCGUCCAGGCAAGUACUCAUGAUUUUGGUGCACCAAAAUGAACCGGGGGGAGGGGAGCACCAGCCAGCCAGCUGUUUCAGAGCACAGCUCCCAUCACAGCCAUUGCAUGGGGGUUGUUGUUGUCCCAAACAGCUGGAGCCUGCCAGGUCAGAUCAGGCUGUCCUCACAGGAUCUCACCUGAAUUAUGACCUCUCAAUUCGAAGGGUUGCAGGUGUGUGUUUUUAAACAACUUUUCCCUGAGGUUGAAUGGGGUUCAGAAAUACAAAGUGAGAAAUACUGGUGGAUUUCAAUGCGGGGACAGACGGACCCCUGAUUGCUGAAUGUGUCCAGCUCUCCCUUUUUUGUUCUGGCUCAAACCCUUCCAGGGAUAGCAGAUGGCCCUGGGUGGAGGUUUCCUCCUGUGUGUGCAGCUGGAGAGAGCCAGCUUGUGCCAGUGGUGGGGGUGGAGAGUGGCCUGCCCCCCUCACGUCCUCCUUGCUUCGUGUGUGCUUUCUCAAGAGGCUCCUGUUUUUGCAUUCCAGUUUCCCUAUGUAACCCCAGCACCUCAUGAGCCGGUGAAGACUUUGCGCAGCUUGGUGAAUAUCCGCAAAGAUUCCCUUCGCCUGGUCAGGUACUGCAGACCCAAACCCCUAUGGGGUGAGACUUUUCAGGGGCCAGGGUGGAAUCACAGCUGCCUUAGCCUAUGCUCUGCUGAGGCCAAGGAGCUUAAAAUGCAGACUCUGCGAUGGGUUGGCACGGGGGUUGGGGGGGAGAGGUUUGGAAUUGUGUCUUUUUGCAAAGAAGGUGCUUAACUUGCCUUCUUUCCGUCUGAGCAUGUUGCUUGAUUUUCUGACAUUCAGAGGCUUCCUUUUUUAUUUUUUAUUGUGAACUCUUGAUUGUGAGCUGAAGAGGGAGGCUUCCUUUGUCUGCCCUGGUCUUAGUGUGCUGCUGAACAGAGCAUUUUAAGUGGGGGGUGUUUUGAGUUACAACAAAGGUUGCGCUUAAUAUCACAUUCCACACUUGCAGUGAAUAGUGAAAAUCUGGAGAAUACACAAGAUCUAGAAAGCAGGUAGUUUGAAACCUUGCUUUUGCUUGUUUCUAAUUCUGGCCAAAAUGGAGGGAUUGAGAGGGAUGGGUUGAGGGGCUUGAGGAAUCUGGGCAGGGGAACAUGAAUAGAGGCAAGAAGGCAGAGGAGUCUGUCUCCUGAAGAUCAGGUGUUUAUUAUGUAUAAUCUUAAUGUGAUAAUAUUGUUUCAUGGCAUACGUGGCUUCAGAGACCAUCUAAUAAUAAUAAUAACAAUUAAUAUGAUAAAACCAUUAAUGUAAUAAAUAUUGUGCGUAUCUUAAAAAGCAUUUUAGACAGUCCCAUCAGGAGAGCUGGAAAUGUGAUAGUUGUGAAGAUCGUUCAAGUGGGUGGGUGGUAAUAAAGAAACAGAGACGGCUCAAGGAUUGAGUUUCUGCGCCAGGUGAGAGAUUGCAGCAAGCUUAAUGUCUGAGCUCACCUGCCGUGACUCAGCCUCCCUUUACAUCAGGUACAAAGAGGACGCUGACAGCCCCACUGAGGAGAACGGGAAGCAGAAGGCCUUGUACAGCCUGGAAUUCACCUUUGAUGCCGACGCACGCGUUGCAAUAACCAUCUACUGCCAAGCGACAGAGGAGUUCAUUAGCGGCAUGGCUGUGUGAGUGCUGGGACCCUGGCAGCGAGGGGCCUUGUGGGGAGCCCGUCAAAGGGAUCAUGUGUCUUUUGGAGACAUCGUCUUCACCCACCCAUAGUUCUGUAUUAUUUUAUUUAUAAAAGUAUUUACACACAAUUGUUUGAUUUUUUAAAGCAGUUUACAACAGUAGUACAUAAAGCCAUACAAUAAAAGCCAUGUAGAAAAGUUAAAAUCAGACAUCAGAUAACUCUUGUGGAAAGAUGUACUUUUAAUUGCCCUCAUCAGCCUGGCAGAAUAGAAGAGUAUUCAGCAGGCAUUUAAAGGUUGAAACAGAAUGCGCCUGCUUGAUCUCCAGUGCCAGAGAGUUUCACAGGACUGGGCUGAUGACACUGAAGGCUCAGUUUCGUGUUGUUGUCAAAUGAGCCUUGCCAGCUUGGAGAAUGACCAGCGACACUCCUGUACAUAAUCUCCUCGAUCGAGCUGGGCUAUAAGGGAUUAGGUGAUCCCUGAGGUACCCUGGACCUAAGAUGUUCAGGGCUUUGUAAGCGAAUACAAGGACCUUGAACCUGGCGCAGUAGUAGACGGGCUUUAGCAAUGGAGCCCCAUGCUGUUGACUAGACAUUCUGCACCAGCUGGAGCUUCUGAAGCAGGUCCAAGGGCAGCCCCACAAAGAGCAUAUUGCAGUAGUCCAACCUUGAGUUACCAGCGCAUGGACUACAGUGGUCAGGCUAUCCCUGUUCUGGAACGGUUGUUGCUGGUGAACCAGGUGAAGGGAUGGGGACCUUAGCUCUCAAAUUCACCAGCUUGGCUCAGCAGAAAAAUAUAUUGCCACCCCCAAGGUCUGGCAUCCCUGCACCACUGAGACCUACACCCUGGGGUAGUUUGGAGACGCCCUUCUUUUCUUUAUGUCCAGAAACGUGCUAGCGUAGCUUGGGGUGCCAGCAGGUCCACAUGCACAUGACAUGGUUUGCUGCUGCUUCCGUUGCUUUUGGCCUGUGCUUUGCCAUGACAUGGAAGGGUGCUGGAUGUGGCCUGUGAGAGCCCAGGAGCUGCCUCCGGGUGUGAUGCUGAGCCUCUCCUCUUCUCCCUGCCCGCAGCUACAGCACAAAGAACCCUUCUCUGCAAUCGGAAACGGUGCAUUACAAGCGAGGAGUCAGCCAGCAGUUCUCGCUGCCAUCCUUCAAGAUAGACUUUUCAGACUGGAAAGACGACGAGGUGACGUUCCUGGCCUCUGACUGCCUCCCAGAUUUGGGUCUUUUAGCUUAGCAGAGUCACAUAGGCUUGUGUUUCUCCCUCCUGCCUCCCCCGUCUUAGUGAUUUUGCUCCUGGGGGUUUGGGGGGGGGGUUGAAAGCAAAGCAGUUGUGGUGUCCUCAGCUCAAGAACAAAUUUAUAAAGGUGCUGGGAAAUGAACUACAGAUCUUCCAAGGGGAGGGGCUGGAAGGAGGGAAGGAAGCUGAGUGGCUGCUUGUCCUUCCUUCCCAUCCUGUUCUGGCCUCCAGGCCAUUGUGACAACCACAAAAAAGUAUCUCCCUCCCCCCCCAAAAGGAGGGUCUUUUGACACCUUUUCCUUGGAGGAGUUCCAUAUGGAAAGCCACAGGACUCCCUACCAGCCGGACUAAUCCCUCUGUUUGCUCCUUCCUUCCAGCUGAACUUUGAUCUGGACCGCGGCAUCUUUCCCGUCGUCAUCCAGGCUGUGGUGGAUGAAGGCGACGGUAAGACACCUGCUUCCACCCUUUGCCUUCGUGCCCCGGGAAGCGGAAGCAAUUGGGCUGGCUCGGGCACCAGCAGCAGGGUUUGGCCCAGAGGCUGGAGUGGCCUUCCCAAGGGGCCAGGCUGCGCUGGAAUCAGACAGUCCUGGGAAAGGUCUCCCCCAUGCUAGGUUUUCUGUGUUGGGUCUGAGCAGGGAGCAGGAGGGGAACUGGUUUGCUGGCUCUCGGGCAGGAUUUGGCUCAUGCCACCUCCACCUUCUGUCCCCAUCUGGGACGGUCUCCUUGUUCAUAGGCGUCUUCUGGGACGCAGGAGAGGCUCUGUGCUAAAGAAGGCCUGUUCUUUAAGCCAAGCAAAAGACCCGUGUUGCUCAAGAGAUUUGGAUUGCCAGCAGUGUUAGCAGAUUAACUUCAGUGUUUCCUAUUCUUAGAAUAAUUGCGUAUCCCUUUUUGAGAAUUUAGUCUUACUGAUGUACCCUUUCUCAGGAGAAGUAUUUUUUACAUUUUGCUGAAAGCCGCCCAGAGUGGCUUGGGCAACCCAGUCAGAUGAACAGCAUAUAAAUAAUAAAAUUAAAGUUUUUUUAUAUAAAAGAAUUAUAAAGCUAUUUUUAAAAAAACAAACAUAUACUGUAAAGCUAUUUAUAAAGAAUUAUUAAAGCUACCCCACGCACUCGUUGCUAUCAUUAUUAUUAUUAAUAAAAAUUGGGUAGUUUUAAUAAUACAGUCGAACCUUGGUUUUCGAGCAGCUUAGUUCUCAAAUGUUUUGGCUCCCGGACACUGCAAAUCCAGAAGUGACUGUUCUGGUUUGUGAACUAUUUUUGGAAGCCAAAUGUCUGACAGGGCUUCUGUGGUUUCUGAUUGGCUGCAGGAGCUUCCUCAGCUGAUUUUUCUAGCUGAGAGCAAAUUCUGCUGUGAAUCCUUUGAAACCCUUUUGUGUGCCCCUGUGGAUACACAGACCACACUUUGGGAAACACUGCUCUGGUUUCAUCUGUGACACUUCAGAGAGAUAUCCCUGGGAGGGAAACAACAACUGGAGCCUUCUCUCCUUCGCCCCCAUAGUGGGAUCUCUUGUGCUGGAAGUCUUCAGCCAAGGACUGUGUGUCAAUAAAGCUGAAGACAAUAGCAAUGUUGUUUGAAGGAGCUAUUGCCUCUCCCUCUUAGCUUUUCCCAUCAUGCCGUGGGAGAGAAAACGAAAAUAUUAUCUUCUGUUUGUGUAACUGGUAGCCUGGGUCAAGAAAGGCCCCCCCCCCCCCCGCCUGUGGUCACAUGACAGUUUGAUGAAGAGGUCAGCCCAGUGGGCAGCAGCUGUGAGAAAGGCAAAUUCCAUGCCAGGGAGCAUUAGGAGCCGGAACAAAAACGGUCUAUAGCGUGAUGCCAUGUUUGGAAUCCUGGGUACGGUUCUGGUUGCCUCGCCUCAAAAAGGAAAUUACCAAGAGGCAAAAGGGUUCAGAAAAGGGCUUGGUUCAGAACCGCCUGCUGACCUCCAUCGUAUACAUUGAUUGCGCGCAACUUCUUCCUUGGUCACCUGGAAAGCUCUGCUGCCCAUGUGACCAUUUGGGUAGCCUAUGCAGCUGGGCUGGUGGGAAAUCCCGACUCUUGAGAGUCCUACCGCUGGAGGAGUCAGGCCCCGGUCCUCCUCCCUUGGAGCCUGGCCUGAUGGGGCGUUUGGGCUGCCUGUCGCCUUGCCCCUGAUCUCAUGGGCCUUCCGCUUUCCCCGCAGUUGUCGUGGAAGUGACUGGCCAUGCCCACAUCCUCCUGGCUGCCUUUGAAAAGGUAAGAAGCCCCCCUUUGCCCCAUCUGAGCAGGAGAUGGCUUUGAGUGGUUGCUGGACUAACAUCGCUGGCAGAGGGGCGAGACAUUGCUUUGCCUUCUCUGUGGCUCCAGCCUCUCUUGCAAGGCCGCUUUUCGCACCUCUCUUGCCCUGUUCUGUUUGGUGCUUUGAAUGGGAAAAUCUGCAGAAUCUGAGAGCUUGGAUUGUGUAAACAGAAUAAAUCCUGAAAAUGCAAGUGGGUCUGUGCAUAGAAGGAGGGGUUUGCUUAGCAAGCGGCUGAAGACUUUUCAUAUUAAAUGUGCCAACCUAUCUCUCCUGUGUCUUUUCCCCUCAUCAGCAUGUGGAUGGCAGUUUCUCAGUGAAGCCUCUGAAGCAGAAGCAGAUCGUAAGUCUUUGUCUGUCUGCAAGGAUGCGGCUUAAUCUUGUUUUUUAAGCUGUAUUUCAAUCAAUUGUUUUUAUAUUUGGUGUAAGCUGCCCUGAGCCCGGUUUUGGCUGGGGAGGGCAGGGUAUAAAUAAAAUUUAUUAUUAUUAUUAUUAUUGGCAGAGGUGCUGGCUGACAUCCCAGAGAGGCCUGACCCCUUUCCCACUACCCAACUUAGUAGGGCCCAUUGGAUUUACUGCACUGAGAACGUGUAAUACAAAUACUUAGAUUUUUUAAAAAGGAGGUUUAGGCAGAUUCACAGACGAUAAAGUUCUCCGUGGGUACUAGGCAUGAUGUCCGCAGGAUGUGCCUCUGAAUCAGUACCAUUUGCUGCGAGUCCCAAAUAAGAACAUCAGAAGUGCCUGUGUGCUGGAUCAGGCCAAUGGCCCAUCUAGUCCAGCACCCUGUUCUCACAGUGGCCGACCAGGUGCCUGUUCUGGAAGCCCAAAGGCAGGACUUGAGCUCUCCCCCACCCCUUUCAAGCAACCAAUGUUCGGGUGCAUGGUCUUCUGACAGUGGGGGUGCAACAUGGCCAUUGUGGCAAGUAGCCAUUGAUGUGUUGUUCCUCCACUGCACUGCCUAUGGGCUUCCCAGAGUUGUCUGAUUGGCCACUCCGAGGACAGACUGUGGGGCCACAUGCGCUUCCUUUGGCUUAGCCAGCAGCUGCCAGGUUCUUCUGACUUGUGCUUAUGCUCAAUGAAGAGCACAUUGCUGCCCUUUUAUUAUUCUGGUUUUGGUUUCCAACCUGUUUCCAUCCUUGUUUCUCAUUUGCCUUAGAUGGUUGUUUCUUCAUGUUUAGUUUUCAGCUGUGUAUUUGUAUCAUGUUGUGUUUAACUUCCAUUGCAAGCCGCCUAGAAUAUCCUAGUGUAAAUAAUAAUAAUAUUAGUAGUAGUAGUAGUAGUUAAGAGUAACGAUUAAAAAAGAAGCAAGCAGCAUUUCCUGCUUCCCCACAGGUGGACCGGGUCAGUUACCUGCUUCAGGAAAUCUAUGGCAUUGAGAACAAGAACAAUCAGGAGACUAAGGUGAGGAGGGAGUGAGGGAGGGGAGGCCAUCAACUCUCCCAGGGCUGCAAGGCAGUCAAAGACCAUGAGAGGAGCGCAUUCCUCUGUCUAAAAGGGGAGUAAGCAGAGAAUCUCCCUUGAACGUUCCCUUUUGAGGCUUUUGCUCUCCAGGGGGAGAGAAGUUGUCUAUUGACCAACAGCAACAGCUCAGAGCUGUGGCUUUCUUCCGGCAUCUGCUUAAGCCAAAUCCUGCUUGUGAGUGUGUGCCUCCCAAGUCUGAAAUUUUGGGGCUUUGCCUGUUCUAGGUGGGGUUGAUCUUGCCACCUGCUGCCAGUAGUGUUGGGUUGGGUGGUUCUGUCUGUCAGAGUCCUGAAAGGGGCCCCUGGAUUUCUGCGGUACAGCGAGGGUUCUGACUGCUGAGCUGGGCCACAGGAGCACCCAGUGAGUUCUCUGUCUCCCUCUCCCCCCACUGCAGCCCUGUGACGAUGAGAACAGCGACAACAGCAACGAGUGCGUGGUGUGCCUCUCCGACCUGCGGGACACCCUCAUCCUGCCCUGCAGGCACCUUUGCCUCUGCAACUCGUGUGCCGACACCCUGCGCUACCAGGCCAACAACUGCCCCAUCUGCCGCUUGCGUGAGUAGCAGGGGGGUGGGGUGGGGUGGGGCAGAGGUGAGGGAAGAAGCCCUUUGCAGGCCAGGAGGAGACCAGCAAACCUGGGGCUUGAAGCACAGAGACCCUUCUCCAUCUUUGAUCACACUGGGCAGCUUUUCCUCUGGGGGCUGCCAUUCUCAUUGCAUGGAGCAGGCUUGUUUUCUGCUGCCAGCGGAUUCGGCAGCCAGCGGAUUCAGUUCUCAAGAAUGGAGAUUCCGACUAAGCAUUAGGAAUAAUUUCUGGAGGCAAGAGGCGUUCGACAGUGGGAAGGACUCACAGAACCCACAACUCCCCUGGGUGGUGGCAGUCUCUUCCAUUGGAGGUUUCUAAGUGGAGGUCCGAUGGCCAUUUGUCAGGGAUUCUUCAACUGCGAUUCCUGCAUUGCAGGGGGUCGAUGACCCUCGGGGUCCCUUCCUACUCUACAGUCCUAUGAUGCCCGGGGGGGGGGGCACAUUUGUUCCCCCUGCUCAGUGAAACUCAUGGGAAGUCCUUUGCUGGUGGGUAGGGAUGGAGCAGGGAAACAUGAGCUCCGUGGAUUCACUUUCUGUGGUAUAGCAAGGUGCACAUGCCUUGCCACACGAGCACAGGAGGAGCAUUGCAGGAUUCCAGGUUCGGUGCCCGUGCCCAUUUCUGAGGCCCGUGCCUUUAAGGGGCUCUGCUUGGGCAGCAGCUGAUCUGCCUUGGCACCUGGAAAGGUUGUGUAAGUCAAAGCCGCCUGUCUCCCUUUGCAAGACCAGCUGCUGUGUUCCCCAGUCAACGUGGCUAGCAUGUGGCUUUGGGAUCCCGACUCCCAGAGGAAUCUGCCCACAGCCCAACCCGUAGGAGGCAAAUAUGAUGUGCCUUGCCCCUGGCAGAUUUUGGGCGCAAGAGAUGAGACUGGGCUCCUCUUGCCUUCCCCCCUCAGCCUUCCGAGCCCUGCUGCAGAUCCGAGCCGUGAGGAAGAAGCCCGGGGCCCUGUCUCCGCUCUCCUUCAGCCCCGUCCUGGCACAGACCCUGGACCACGACGAGCAUUCGGUGAGCAGCAGCCUCAGGCGUCCGGGAGGGGUCAGCAGAAGGGGUGGUUUCACUCCCAAAGCACACUUGAAGCACUGGGGUUGGGGAGGAUGCAUCUCUCUGUGUGGGGUGGAGGGGAGUUGGUUUGGGUUCUGGGCAGAUGCUCAUCCCCACUUUUUCUGGGGGCUCCAGGUGGCCUUUUCUUCUGAGCCUUGGCUGUCCCUCCCAGGUAAUGGGGGGGAUGGGGUCAGCCUGCCUCGUAGAAGGACAGGAAGCCAUAAAACUAGCAAAGGAGAGAGACAGGGAAGGAGGAAGAGAAGGUGUGUUGCUAUCCCGGUGGAUGGGAAUAGCUGUUUUCUUUUGUUUUCUUACUACUACUAAUUUAUAUUCUGCCCACCCAACUGAGUUGCCCCAGCCACUCUGGGCAGCUUCCAAACAUUUAAAACACAGUAUCCCCCCUUCCCUCCAUCCGGGUGCCCAUGGCAGUGGCUUACAGCCAGCCUCCCACCUGGGCUCCGCUCAGCCCCAGGCCUGCUGAGCUUUAGCCUGUGCCUCCAGACUCUCCCCUGGGACUGUUGCACAACCCUAAGAGCCCCCAGCUCAAUUGGCCAGAGAAACAGAACCUGAGAUGCCCUUCUGAAGACAAAGAACAGCAACAAGAACGGUCAUUCUUCACAAAAGUGACUUGAAGCAACUUACGGAGAUCAACUCAUUGCUAAAAAUAAGGCCAUAACAAGAGCCUGCUGGAUCAGGCCAGAGGGGGCCCAUCCAGUCCUGCCUCCUGUUCUCCCAGUGACCAACCAGGUGUCCCUUGUGGGGAACCUGCAAGGAGAACAUCAGCUCCAGAGCCCUCGGCCUACUGUGGUUUCCAGCAACGGGUUCAGAAGUCUUGCUGCCUCCGACUUUUGAGGAAUUGCCCAGCAGCCACUAAGAGCCCUCUUUUCCUUCAUGAAUUUGUCCAGCCCUCUUUUAAAGCCAUCCAAGUUGGUGGCCAUAAGAUGUUUCCUAUCCCGAUAAGGAGUGUGAGAUUUUGGGAAGAUUUCAAACUGCUUAUUGUGGUUCUUGUUAUUUUUCUCUCUGGUGUUUUUGUCGUCCUUAAAUGUUGUAAGCUGCCUUGUAAAGAGUUAAUCUUAAAAGGUGGCGUAUAAAUGUGUACAUUAAUUUCAUGGCCCUCUGUGGGUGUCUUCUAGUGCCAGGCAGUGUGUUUAGCUGCAAUUCCUGCAGUGGGGGUUGGACUGGGUCACCCUGUGACUCCCUUCCAGUCCUGCAGUUCUGUGAGGGCAGAGCUAAAGAGGCCUCAAUGCUGUAGGGAUCAAACUGCAACGACGGAUGGCAGUGGCUGAGCUUUUGUUUUCUUCUUCUCCCUGCAGUGUUCGGACAACAUCCCUCCGGGCUAUGAGCCCAUUUCUUUGCUGGAAGCCCUGAACGGCCUGCGCUCCAUCUCCCCCUCCAUCCCCUCCGCUCCCCUCUACGACGAGAUCACCUACACGGGGGUCCUGGACGGGCUUCCCCUCUCUGGAAGACCCCUGGUGGGGCUGGACCGAGCUGUGGAGAGCAGCCACCAGAAGAGCAAGCGCAGCAAAUCUCCAGACAGGUGAAAUCUUGUGGAGAAGCCUCUUUGGAUCGCUCCCUCUCGCCCUCCCCUACGCCAAGUCCAAACCUUCCUCUGCUUCUCCUCUGUCCAACGCCUGAAGCUCAGGGCUCCUAGUGCCUUUGCCUCUCGCCCCAGAGUCAAUCCCCCUGCCAUGCGAGCCGCUGCCAAUCCUCUGGGUCGCAGCUGUGUCUCUUGUUCUCUGCAGCACCCUCCGGUCUCCCUCGUCACCCAUCCACGAAGAGGAUGAGGAGAAGCUUUCGGAGGACUCAGACUUGCCACUCAGUGGGACGGAGCUCGUGCUGCAGGAGGGCAGCUCCCCAGAGGUGAAUCUCUCUCUCUGUCUGUUUGUCUGGCUCCUGCCUCUUUGCUAAGCCUGGAGUGGCCUGCUGAUGGGGUCAGGCUUGGGGCUGCUGUGAGCCUUGCUGAGUUGGCAGCCUCAGAAAGGUGCCUGCCUGCUGCCUGUUCCUGCUGACAGCUGAGCAACCGCAAGAGCUCCUUGGCCAAGUUGGACUGUGUGUGUGUGUUUGUGUGCAUGCGCAAACUGACAAGUGGAGGUGUCUGGUUCUGUGUCGUCUUGCAGUAAGUUGUAGGUUUUACUGGCACCGGGAGGUGGCCAGUAAACAGCAGGUGGGCUGUUUGGGCCGCCCACCAUGAGCUGCUAGAGCUGGAUGCUCCCGUGGGUGGUCCUGAUCACCCGUCCCCUUCCCCUCCCACACCCCACCCUCAUCGGCUCCUGGGGUCCCGUCCGCACUCCAGGGGAGAGAUGAGCUGCUUUUGCCCUCUGCUUGCAGCAGUGCUGAUGGCUAGGGAAGGGGAGAAGCCCUCUUGAUGUUGGGCAGCAGACCACUCUCCCCAAGGGCUCUGGCAGGGGCCUCGCUCCCCACCAAAUGUGAUGAUUGAGGAGGAAGGACCCCCUUUGGACUUCCUCGCCGUCACGCUGGGAAGAAGCACCCCCUCCAUUGCUGGCUUCUGCUCUGUUCCUCCCCAUAACAGCCUUGCUUAGCACACCAGUCCCUUCCCACGGACUUCCGGAGCCUCUCCCCAGACUGAGGGAAACAGUAGCUCUUUUUCCUUCUCCAUUGACUUGUCAGCCUAGGAAGCUGAGCGCAGCCUGGCUACCAGAUCAGGGGAUUUUCCACCGGGUGUGGAGGGGCAGUAUUGCCUCUCUAUCUCCCCGCUGGCCUUUGGUGCCCGGGCUCCCACUUCCACGCAGCUGCCGCUUGGACCUGGCUGGAAACUGUCGGGCCCAGAAUGUUUUCUCUUGACUUUCCAGAUUUGGGGGGGCGGGGGGGGGCAACAGUCAUCCAGAGAGGCAUUGGCAGCAAUCUUCCCAUAUUUAGGCCGGUGCUUGAACCCUUGUGAUUUUUAUUCACAAUUUGUAUUCCCGCUUACAUGUCAUCUUACUGGGUUUUGUGUCUUAUUUUUAUUUUAUUUCUAUGUGCUAAGCCUUUUUUGUCAUUGUGGUCACCUGCUUUGAAUAUACUUUUCUAUAGGAAAGCUGGGCAUACAUUUUACUAAACCAAAAAAUUGCCCUUUCCCCCCUUGAGACCCCCAGGUGUCUCUUUCAAUGGGAUCCGGAGCAAACCUAUUUUCUGCACGAAAACAAAACUCCCUGCUCUGGAAGGGUGCUGGUUUCUGCCCAUUUGGAAAGCAAAGCAGGGGCCUGUUUAGCCACCCUCCUCCUUUGCAGAAAUGAGACCCUUUUCUUUUUCUCCUCCUCCUCCCGUCUUUCUAGAGCCUGACAGCGGAAGAAGCAGAGGCAGCCAGCCCCCUGCAGCAAGGUGAGCUCUGGCUGGGCCUGUGGGGGGGGGGAGUAUCCUUACCCUCUGGCCUGACCCCCUCCUGGGUAUAUGUCGUGUCUGUGCUCUUGAACAUGGGCCUGGAAAGAACCCCACUGCUAGGACUGGCCCCCCGGAGGGGCAGCUUGGGCAAAGUGGAGCAGCCACGAGAGCAACGUGUGGAGGUUAGAGUGCUGUACUAGGACCUGGGAGAGACCACGCUCCACGAAGCUCACUGGCUGAGACCUUGGGACUGUCUCUUUUGGCUUUACCUACCUCUCAGGGUUGUGGGAAUUAAACGAGAAGGGCAGGAGAACUAACAGAUAAAAAUGUUGGCUAUUUCGUAGAUGAGUUGGGCUGCAGAAGGCGUGCUGGGGAGACCACACAUUCAAGAAACACAAAAGUAACUUUUGCUAGGUUUUAAUAACAAAAACAAAAACUCAUUUUACACUAAAUUACAAUAUAUCCAUAAGCAUGACCCAUCCACCAGGGUACUGAGAGAGCGACAUACUGCUCUUUAUAUAAACAGCUUAGUUACCACAACUUAACAGCACCUUCUAUACUGCUUCACAGCUGUAGGUCACAUUAUUUGCUCUGGCCUUUAAAGAAAUACACAUCUUGUGGAACAAUAAUGAACCUUCAAAUUUAAAGAGACCAUUCAACAAAGAAAUGCAGAAAUGUGAAGGCCUUUGGUAAACCCUUGAUCUGGGGGCCCCCGGCCAAGGCGAGGGAGUGGCAGCAUGCCAAGGCGCUGAGGCUUCCCCUUCUUUCUCCCUCUCGCAGGUGCCCAGCCUCCCUCUGUGGAGGCCCUUGUCCAGGAAGGCAGCAGCAGCAGCAGCACCUGUGACCCCAGCAGCCUCCCCAUCCUGGAGAGCGACCUGCCAGCGGACGUCUACCUGCCAGGUAACGUCGAAAGGAGCCCUCGGUGGUGACUGGCGCUUCCUUUCCCUCCGCUGAGAGGGGGAUGAUGCCCUCGCUUGGCCAAGAAGGAAGGGCCCUGACCCCUCUGUCCCCCGUCCCCCCAGCUUCACGCGCCGUCCUGGCUUUUCCUGCUCCUGCACCCAGCGCCCGGCUGCCUUUACAUCACUGCUGCUCUCUGUGUGGCAGCCAUGGCCCUGUUCUGUACGUCCAUGCCACGCAGGCCCUGUCCGUGUGGCACAAGGAGGAGGGCAAUUGGGAACGGGGGCGGGGGGGCGGGAAGCACAUGCAGAGGGGGCCAGAAGAGGCUCAGAGGCAGAGGGUGAGGCUCGUGGUGGGUUGCAGAAGAGGCCUCCGCCCCGCUGUCGGGCACCGCCCGCUGCCCACAGCAAGGGGGGUGUCUGUCCGUCCGUCUGUCUUUUCUGACCACUUUUUCUAACGUCUCCCCCCUUUCUGUCUGCCCCGCCUGGGCAGCCCUCGGCCUGGACUCCUGCUCUGUUGGGAUAGAGGAGUAAGCUGGUACGUCUCGUCUUUCCUCCCUAUAUGCUGGCGGGGGCCUCUUGGGAGGGCGGGUGGGGAAGGGCAGCCAGAAGUGGGGCAAGGGGGCAGAGGAGAGAGGGGGGCUGCAGUGGGGAGGGGGCUGAGAUGCGCAGGGCAGCUUCCGCCCUGCUGUUGGCGGUCUCUUUCAGCGGCCAGCACCCACCUCGGGGUGCCUGAGUCGGGCGCCCUGCCUUGCUUCUUGCUCCCACCCUAUGCCUGGGGGGCAGGAGGGCUGAGAGGGGCAGCAGCAGCAGGGCUCCUGAGCCGGCCUCUUUCUCUCCCCCCCCCCCCCCAAACCGCAGGAUCUUCUGACUUCGCUGGCACCCUCCCUGGCCGUGGGACCAGCCAAUCCGGGCAGCCCUUCCUGUUCAACAAUCCCCGCCUCUGCGUGGAAAGCGGGCAGAGCCCGUCCUGAGCGCCUGGCUCGGGGUUCGAAAGUCGCUGCCACCGAGGUGCUCACAAUGCCAAACGCCCGGGGCAUCCUCUGGGGCGGCUCCUCUUCCUGCCUGCCUGUGGGGAAGCAGCCCCCUCUGCCUCCCUUCCUCUUCCACCAGCGAAGGAUCCUCUACAGGACACGGGUUCCGAUGCUGCGGCACGAGACAGACGUUCCCCCUCUGCGGGGCUCAGCCUCGGACCAGGACUCUCUCCCCCCUCCCUCCAAGGGACUCUUCUGUGUCUUUGUACAGAAAUGCAUGAUAUUCGGUGCCCCCCCCCCCCCACAUUGGCCUGUGAGGCUGGUGUGAUGGAAAAGAUUUCCUCCUGCCUUGCUGUGCUCUCUUCCUGCCCCCCCAACCCUCUUUGGACAUAUCUGUUGGCCCCUUGGCCUUUUUAACCCCCUGCCUCUGAUUCCCCCCCUCCUGCUUCCCAGCCUGCCUGCUCUGCUCCCGGCCAGCACUUGGGGCUCCUGGCAGAACCCCCCAUCUAGGCACAUGGGGCGGGGGGGGGGCUUCUUCCUGCUCCUGCAGAAAGGGAAAGUGGGUCAGGCCCAAGGCACUUGCUGCCCCCCCCCCCCAUGGACUUCCUGCCAGGGGGGUGGCUGGACUCUAGAGAGGAAGCCAGCGAGGGGCGGGAGGGACUCAGCUGGAAGUGGCCUGAGGCUCCCCACUGGGACCUGCGUCUUCUGCCCCACAGCUACCCCCCCUCCACCCCCACGACCUGCUGCUUUCCUGCAGGAGGCAGAGCCAACCUGGGGGGGGGGCACUUUUGCUGGAGGGUGACGCAGAACCUGCUGCUUCCUCUCUUGCCCUGAGGCCGGGGCAUCUGGUGGGGCCCCCUUGUGCUGCCUGUGGCACCGAGCAGGAGCCUGUUCGCCCCCACCUUGAGCUCCACGGUUUGGGGCUGUGCCCAGGUGGCCUUGUGCCUUCUCCUCCUCCUCUUCCUCCCUCCCAACUGCUUCACCCAGAAGGCGGUGGGGUGAGGGGUGUCCUAGCUGCCUGAGGGGCUGCCAGCUGCUUCCUUGCCCACCCCAAACUGCCGCCUUUGAGGGGGCCACUCUCUUUCCAGGCCCAGAGGGCAGAGCUGGGCCAAUGUGUUUCUAUAUUUAUAGUAAUAAACCCCUCCUGUGUCAGUCUGGUUGA